AUGUGGGCGCUGCUCCUCCGCAGGGUGGAGAGAGCCGUCACGACAACGAGCAAAAAAAAAAAAAAAGGCCGGAAGGAAGAAACGCCAAUGAUCCCUAGUGUGAACUUGGACAGUGCAAUUACGAGGCUGAAGGAAAAGAAAGUGCCGGAAAGCCGAGUAGGGGAUGGGGUGCCGGGCUGUUUUUCUCCGCGGCCCACCCACACACGGAGUUGCAGCGUGACAGGCGUCCCACAGGAAUUGGACAGAAAUGUCACUGAGUUACAUGGGCAGGUUGUAGACACCGCGGAGACCCAACCCGAAUGGAAACCUGAGAGGUUUUCUUCACCCAACGUCGACAAGAGUUGUUCUGUGCUUAAGAAACAAGGCCUCGUGCCGGAUGACUUUUAUCGCACCACAGCAUCACCCUCCAUGUUGUCUGCGUUUGCAAAUUCGGAGGGCCAUGAACACCAUCCCUGUCAUUCCUUGCCUAAGGCAACUUUGAUUGCUCAUCAGAAAGCGCGAAGCUCUUCUGCUACUCUUCGACAUGUGUAUGCCACAGCAAUUUUUGACGACGAGGGCACCGGAAGAACGAGUUCUACAGGAUCUUCCGGAGCCACAGAUGUCGCGUCUACUUCUGAGAAGUUUGCGCUGCGUGAAAUAUAUGUAUCGGGAAAGCCAUGGCAACGUGUUGCGGAUGCUUACCCCAAAUACUUCCGACGUGCCGCUUUGAACAUAUCAGCUCUUGUGACAAGCAGCUCUGGGGAACAUGUUGCCAUAGGUGACUGUUCUGGUCGCGUUUUGUUGAUGCGUCGCACAAAUCAGCAAAAACAACAACAAUUAGAAGACGACAAAAGAGCCUCUGACGAGGGAAAGAGAGGUAGGCUUCAGUAUACAAAUAAAAAUAAUUUACACAUACAAGGAUCUUAUGAGUUUUCCGUGGGGCGUAAGGCAUACACCUCCGUCAUAGACCCACUGAACAGUGUGGAGGUGACUCCAUGCAUUCAAGCUCUUUGCUUUUUACCCCAAGUUGGUCCAACCACGUACCUGCUCAUGGCGAACGAGAAAAUGCCAAAGCUGUUCAAGGUGGUUGAGGUGCGAGAGUCUCCUUUGCCUUUUUCGGCAGUGAAUCACAUUGGAGAGAAGAAUGUUGCCUCACUGACGUUGAACCCACUCGAUGUUAGGAGGACGACUGCAAUGAAGCAAGUGACUCGUUACGCCCUGAAUCAUGAGUACAACAUCAAUUCGCUAUGUCCACUGGUGGAUAGUGCGCAGUUUUACUCCGCUGAUGACCUCACGGUGAAGUUGUGGUGCAUUGAACACCCGGACACAUCUAUAGAAACGUAUAGUAUAAAACCCCCCUUUGAGGAGGAGGUUCAAGAGACGAUAUUUGGUAUUCGUUGUUUUCCUCACGAGCCGUUUCUACUUUUUAUUGCAACAACUGCCGGGACCGUUCGUGUGCUUGACAUUCGCCAAAGACUCAAAUUAUUUCAUCAAACGCCAUUGGUGUUUAAGAAUACAUAUUGUGAUGAGGACACAUCUUUUAGCAGCCCACUCACUGACUGUGCGCUUAGUCCCUGUGGGAGGUUUGUGGUUGGACGUGAUGUCAUGAGUGUUUGUCUAUGGGACGUCCGUCGCGAUUCCCACUACGGCCGAUUUGCGAAAUCGGUAAAUUCACCACUCCAUGAAGAAGAAGAGCAGGAUGUUUUGCAGCGAUGGGAAUUGUACCCACAUCUUCGUCGUGACAUGGAACAGCUCCUUCAAGGGGAUAUCAUUGAAAAGUUUAGUGUACAAUUUUUGAACGGCCGUGAGGUGUGCACCGGUGGUUUUGCCAAAACGUUGUAUGUUCUCGAUAUUCUGAAGGAUUCUGCUGCUCCUAGCGACAAAAGGAGGCGUACGCCUCGGUGUAGUAAUGGACAGGCAUUUCAGUUACCGCAGUUAGAUGGGGCAAAUGCAGACGCACUUUUUGCUUCUCUGCGCCCGAUUGCGAUGGACGACGUGCGGUUUUCAGCCAACGAAGACACGGAUGCGCUUUUCAGUAACACUGUGACUCAGUUUUCACAGCCUUUGACAUCAAUGAAUGGAGAUUGUUCUCUUCUGACGUCCUCUGGCCAGGCCAUUUUUCAGCUAGCAUAUAGAAACGUUUAUCUUUAA